AUGACUGUUUCAUCUCUGCCGUUUCUUUACGAUUAUUUCACCCAUGAUUCAGAUCUAUCCAUGAUGCCACUUUUGAAUGAUCCUGCUGCUGUCGUUUGUUCCAUGUUUUUUAUUUCGUAUCUAGUGUGCGAUUUGAUAUUCGGAUGGUGGUACUACAAGGAACAAAUAGAUUUGAUUACUGGAUGGCUCCAUCAUCUUAUAUAUCCAGUUGUCAUCAUUGCAUCUAUUGUGCUGCAGUUUCCAGGUGCAUUUUUAAUCGCUGCAUUUAUGGAACUUCCCACUAUUGUACUUGCUCUAGGUCACAUGAAGCGAUCAUUUAGAAGUGAAUACCUGUUUGGAUUUCUGUUUUUCUUGACCAGGAUAGUAUUUCAUUUAUAUUUUGCGUGGCGUGCAUAUGUCGUGUGGUACCAAUACCUUUAUGUGAUGAUCCUAGCAUUAGGAACUUUUCCACUGCAUAUUCACUGGUUUGGUCGAUGGGUAAAGCGGCAGAUUCGUAUUCUUAGAAAAAGAAAACAUUUGGCUGAACAGCUAGUUCAAACAGAAUCAUCCAUGCAAGACGAUGGUCUAAUCAAUGAUGAUGAAAUUGAAAGUAAUUCAGGAAGAGAAUACGGUUGCACUACCAGCAUAGAAAUUAACAAUCCUAUAGAAAACACAGGAUUGGAAAGAAAGCCAGCUGGGUUCCCCAUUUGGUCAAGUUUACGAAAGGAUUCAAUUGUGGCGAAUGGUAGCAUUGAAUCAAGUAGACGUACUAGAGUGCAUCAUAUGCGAUCUGCUAGCGCGACUGUAGGCGGAGAAAUUCGGUCACAGCUACCAGUAUCUCUACCUACAUCCUCGACACUUGAAGCAUCCUAUGUGACAGAUCCACGUCGGUCAAAAGUCACCGAGGCUCCACGCUCCAUUCCAACUAUGCCUUGCACCGCGACACCACAUUUUACUUCACGGCAGCCAGCAAAUGAAAGUACUGAAACAGAUCAUCUAUUAGGACUACAUCCUCGGACAAUUCCAUAUGAUCGAGCAAGCGUUAUUCUUGUUCCUGAAUAUCGUGAUACUGCUUCGUCAAGGUCACUGAGUGCAGCCGUCACGCGCAUGAGAUCAAGAGGAAGCACUGUUAGUUUUGGGGACAGUGGUCAUGAUAAUAGGAGCAGUGUUCCGGGGUAUGGAUCCAGCUUUUUUCUUCCUGUGCCAAGUUUUCAUGAACACAGUGGGUGGAAUAGACAUUGGCUGUCGUUUCCUGUAACUGAACCAACUCGAGACGGAGUUGAUCCUGUUGAUGUAUUUGAAGAAAAUGAUGAGCUUUUGAACAAUGGAAUAGAUGAGAGGAUGGUUGUGGAAGAUACUAUGGAUGACUGUGUCGGUGAUACAGCUAAUAAUGGAUAA